AUGUCAUCCUUCACUCUUUCCAGGGACAGCCAGACAAGAAAGAUCCAGGAAAACAUCACCAAUGUGGAGAAACACUUUGGACAGAUGUGCCAAAUGUUUGCUGCCUAUGUCCGUAAAACAGCCAGGCUACGAGACAAGUCAGACGUCCUGGUUCGCGAAAUCAGCCUGUAUGCAGACACAGAAACGCCACACCUGAAGAGGGGUAUGAAACAGUUUGCUGACCACCUGGCCAAGAUCCAAGAUUACCGUCAAGCUGAGGUGGAAAGACUUGAAGCCAAAGUCAUAGAGCCAUUAAAAAGCUAUGGAGCUGUAGUGAAACGUAAAAGGGAGGAUCUGAAGACGACUCAGAGUGCCAGAGACAGAGAAGCCAAACAGAUGGCUCAGCUUGAGAGGACGAGACAGAGAAACCCCUCAGACAGGCAGAUCAUUUCUCAGGCUGAAAGUGAGCUCCAGAGAGCCACCAUGGAUGCCACACGGACCACCAAGCAGCUGGAGGAGACCAUAGACGAGUUUGAGAAGCAGAAGAUUCGGGACAUCAAGAAAAUCUUUGGCGAGUUUGUGACAGUGGAGAUGUCUUUCCAUGCCAAAGCCUUGGAGGUGUACACUCUGGCCUUCCAGAGUAUUCAAAGUGUUGAUGAGGAGGAGGACCUGGAGGUGUUCAGGAGUUCGCUGCACCCCCCUGACUACCAGUCACGCUUAGACAUAGUCCGAGCUAAUUCCAAAACCUCCCUCGAUCGGACCGGGUCUUUCCUGGGUACAUCAGGGACCUUACAGCAACAAAGAGCUUCCAGUCAAAGAAGAGAGGAGGAGGAAGAGGACGACGAAGAGGAUGAAGAUGAAUCUGAAGAGGAGGAUGACGAGGAUGAAGAGGAGGACACAGAUGAUGAGCAUUAAUUUUUUUUUCUAGCGUGUUUGGAUUUUAAAAAGGUGUUUUACUGUCAAGUGUCAUUGCCAAAAUCACCUGCCUGGUGGUCUGAGCAGCAGUAUUGUAGUGCAGGUGUGUUGUAGUCGUAUGGUGCUUUGUAAUAGAACAUGUUGUUCUUUACUAACAUUUGUCUUUAAAUUCCAGUUAUUGUUUUAUAUAUUUUUAUAUAACGUGCCGAAAUGUACAUCGCUUAUUCAGUUGUACUGAAACUCCCAGUACAUUUUAUCGCAACAUGUCAUUCAUCUUUAUGAAUUAAAAAUUUUCACAUUU